AUUUCAAGGUCUUCUUCUCAGCGCAUCAAAUAAAAGCUUUUGGAAAUGUCAAUGCAAGAGUUCUCGGAUAAUUUAUCUACUUUGUCAUACAUGUCCCGACGUCGUAUUCCAACAUGGGUAUAUGAUUCUAAGAAAAAAACUCUUUUCGGUCGCACAUGUUGUAGCUGGACACUUUGCAUUUUGUUCUACUUGAUAUAUUAUGCUUUCCUGGCCACAUUCUUCACAUGUUUGCUGUGGUUAGUAUUGUAUUUUAAUGCCCCAGAGAACCAACCGGCCAGAACAGGAGCUCAAAGUUUAUUGGAUUUUAAGCCAGGUCUUGGAUUCCGUCCACUUUUGGAUGUUCAAAAAUCACUCAUUCAUUAUUCUACUGGAGAUCCACAAACAUAUCUACAAUAUACUCAAAAUAUUGACGCAUUCUUAGAUACGUACAAUCAAGUUAAUGCAAAACCUGACAGUCAGUUUGCCAGUUGUAAAGGCAAAGAAGGAGAGACGAAGGACGUAGAUAAAGUGUGCAAGUUUCCGCUUAAAAGUCUAGGACCUUGUAACACUGACAAUAAUUAUGGUUACGAUAAAGGAACACCCUGUGUCAUGCUUAAAGUAAAUAAGGU